CUGCCCUUCUCCUCUGACUCCGCCCCGCAUCUGUCCGGAACCGCCUCCCGCCUGAGCUGACCCAGUGCGUGUCUGCCAGUCAGUCCCUCCGGACCUGCCGCGAGUCUCAGACUGCUGAAAUUACCGCGCGUCACUCGCCUCAACAGUGAUUCUGAGUCUGCUUUUAGCUUCCUUCUCCUUGGCUUUCUUCUGUUUGUGAACAGCUGCUUGGCCCAUAGCUUAGAGAAAUCAGCCUUCUUUUCUCUCCCAAGAGAGCCACCUCCCUGUACUCAGAAAGAUGGGGAGUGGAGAGCCUAAUCCUGCUGGCAAGAAAAAGAAGUACCUAAAGGCUGCCCUGUACGUGGGUGACUUGGACCCAGAUGUCACGGAGGACAUGCUUUAUAAAAAGUUCAGGCCUGCUGGCCCUCUGCGCUUCACCCGAAUCUGCCGUGACCCUGUCACCCGCAGCCCCCUGGGCUAUGGCUAUGUUAACUUCCGCUUUCCUGCAGAUGCUGAGUGGGCCCUGAAUACCAUGAAUUUUGAUUUGAUUAAUGGCAAACCUUUCCGCCUCAUGUGGUCUCAGCCAGAUGAUCGCUUAAGAAAGUCUGGAGUUGGAAAUAUAUUCAUCAAAAACCUGGAUAAAUCUAUAGACAAUAGGGCCCUUUUUUAUUUAUUUUCUGCUUUUGGGAACAUUCUCUCAUGCAAAGUCGUAUGUGAUGACAAUGGCUCUAAGGGUUAUGCCUAUGUGCACUUUGACAGCCUGGCUGCUGCCAACAGAGCCAUCUGGCACAUGAAUGGAGUGCGGCUUAAUAACCGCCAGGUGUAUGUUGGCAGAUUCAAAUUCCCAGAAGAGCGGGCAGCUGAAGUCAGAACCAGGGAUAGAGCAACUUUCACCAAUGUUUUUGUUAAAAACUUUGGAGAUGACAUGGAUGACGAAAAACUGAAGGAAAUCUUUAGUGGAUAUGGGCCAACUGAGAGUGUUAAGGUAAUAAGAGAUGCCAGUGGGAAAUCUAAGGGCUUUGGAUUUGUGAGGUAUGAGACACACGAGGCUGCCCAAAAAGCUGUAUUAGACCUGCAUGGAAAAUCCAUCAAUGGGAAAGUUCUAUAUGUAGGGCGAGCACAGAAGAAAAUUGAACGAUUGGCUGAGUUAAGACGAAGAUUUGAACGGCUGAGAUUAAAAGAAAAAAGUCGGCCUCCGGGGGUGCCUAUCUAUAUUAAGAACCUGGAUGAGACCAUCGAUGAUGAAAAACUGAAGGAGGAAUUUUCUUCCUUUGGAUCAAUUAGCCGGGCCAAAGUGAUGGUGGAAGUAGGGCAAGGCAAAGGGUUUGGUGUUGUCUGCUUCUCCUCUUUUGAAGAUGCUACCAAAGCAGUGGAUGAGAUGAAUGGUCGCACAGUGGGCUCCAAGCCCCUGCAUGUUACCCUGGGCCAGGCCAGGCGCAGGUGGUGAGAAUAAGAAUGCUCAAUUUGUUUCAGCCUUAAGCUGGUGCCUACUUAGUUUGGGCUACUUUGUGAUAAGAGGUUAUUUUAUUCCAGGUUAUUUUUUUUUAAGUGAAUAUUUUCUUUUGGAAAAAAAAAAAAGUAAAACUAGAAAACCUUGUUCAUUUUAGUGAAGAACGUAAUUUCUAAUUGUAAAACUGUCAUUUUGUACUAUUUUUUGAUAAAAUAUCCUUAGAAAUAUGUAGAAUAAAAUUCAUCCCUCCACAUACUGUUUUUUUUCCUAAACCAGUCCAGGUAAGGUAAUUGGUUGAACAUAGGUUCCUUCCUUAUUCCAGUUAUAAUACUAAUGUAAUUGCUUCUGUGAAAAUAUUCUCAAGAUGGACAUUAUUUCUGAAUCUAUCACACAUAAAACUUCUGACUUUCUUUUUGAGAAAUCAGUAGAGCAGGCGAAAAUGUAUGUGAUCCACUUAACAUUUGUGCAUAAUUUUACCUUAUUAUUUAAAGUGAAUGUUAUUUUAAAGAGAUGUGAGUUUCUUUAUUUAUACUUUUUUUUCCCCUUUUCUAAUAUAUUGUGGGCAUACCACAGAGUUGGCAGUGACUUUGACUAAGUGUCGGGAGUUUUCUUUAACUUCAUGCCCAGAGAAAUAAACAUAUUGGUGUUUUCUCAAUCAGUACCUUAGGAAACUAACACUUAAAGCAUUAUUAAAAUGAGUUUCACCUUAAAAAUCUGAGAGAUUUAAUAUAUGAGGACGUCUAAGGAGCAUUCUUGCCACUCAUUUUUUUAAAUUCUUUAGUAGUAUAGAUGGGUCAUGUUAAAAUAAUGAAAAAGAUGAAUAAGUGCACUGAAUUGCCUUUACCUAUAGAUAAUUUUAAAAUUUUACCUCCGCCUCUAUAAAGUGUCAAUAUAAGGGUAAAUAAUCCAUAUAGUGAUGUUGAAAAACUACAUUGAAGAAUAUCUUCAAUAUUAAACUUGUCAUUAUCUCUUGUAAAUUUUUUAAUACAUCCCUGUGAUAAUAUUCACAUAUGUAUCAAAAGUAAGGAAAACCUUGCCUCUCUUGAUUAAAUCAUAUGCCUCCGUCUAUUAUAUGAGAGCUAUUAAUCCAGUAUGGUUCUCUUUAUGUCUGGCUGCUUGGAAGUUGUGACAAAAUGUUCUGUUCUAUAUUGCAGUUACAUUAUUUAGCCUGUAAUUUCUUGAUUAUGGAUUUUCCAUAUUUUACUUGUAGUCCCCUCUUUUCCCCACCCAUCUACCUUCCAUCCAUAUUAUACUUACUUUUAUGUUUUCUUUAGAUUGCCUUUCAUUUAAUAUGUGGGUGUUCAAAUCCAUUUUGGAAGUAGAGAAAUUAUUACUUAAUUUGUGUAAAACUUAAAUAAUUACUUUUUAAAAAUAGGAUUCACUCAUAUCACAGAUCCAACCGUAAGAAAAUGUUUUGUCUCUAUUCUUAAUUGGCUUUUAUUAUGUUAUAUAGAAAUCUUAGGUUACAUACAUAAUGCAAUAUAAAUAUAUAAUUUUAUUAACACUUUUGUUAGCUAUGUGCCCAUAAAAUAAUGGGAAAAAUCUGUUUCUGUGUAACUGUUUAUCCAGAAAUUACAUUUAUAUUCAUUAUCAAGUAUUUUCAAAUGGAAAUCACUGUUUUUGUUGAUCAUAUACAUAAUACAUGCUCAUUUAAAAAAUGUACACAAUGCAGACAUUUAUAGAGAAGUAAAAUUUCCACAGGACAGAGAUAACCACUAUUAGUGUUUUCAAUGCAUACAUAUACUUCCAUGCCCUUUCUCCUAUGUAUACACACAAUAUUUUACAAACAAACAGAAAACAUACUAUAGGUACUGUGUUUUGUUAAAUUGUAAACUAAAACAUAAUCUUUUUAUGUCAAUAAAUAUCGAUCUGUAUCAUCAUUUUAGUGACUGCACAGUAUUCCAUUAUAUGGAUGUACUAUAGAUUAAGUAGCACAUUAUUGAAUAAGAUUUAUGUUUUUCAAUGUUUUCUACAUCUAUAAACAAUGUUGUGAUUAACUUCCUUGCUUAAAACAGUAUGAGUUAUAUGAGCUUGAGAAAAAAUAUCUAUAGCAUAUAAAAGCUUAAGUCUGCUAGAAAAAUUAAAAUGCACAUUAUAUUGAUAUAUGUAUCAAAAUUCUGAAAAAAACAUUCAAGAUAUAUUCUUUACUUAAAUUGACAAAAGUAAAACUAAAAACUAAUGGGAUAUAAUUUUUCAUAUUUUCUGAGCCCACUUGCUUUAUACCCUUGUGAUCAUUAAAAUAUAUGAAAACAAUGCAAACAAAUAAAUUUAAAAUAGUUACUUUGGUAAUUAUUUACCAUACGUACUCUCUACUCCUUUUUACCCAUUACCAGUUUUUAUUUAAAUUUAUAAUCUUGAAGUGUUAGUGUUAACUUAAAACCUUGACGAAUGCUUUGAUUCAGUAUAAAUCACGAAAGAUUUCUAGUAGGUAAAAAUCUUCAAGUAUAAGUAUUUAAUACAAUUUGGGAAAUUAUUCAAGUAUUUUAAUAAUAGUAAAUAAUAGUAAAUAAUUACUAUUUUCAAGAAGUCAGACAGUAUAAAUAAAGGACUAAUUAAAAUAUGUCCAAGGACAGUUAAAACAUACGUUAGGACACUGCAAAAUAGUCAAAAACUCUAAAUUUAGUUGGUAAAAAGGGGGAAAAGAUAAAGGAAAGGUAAUCUCUAUUUGAACACAAACACCUCGGUAGUUUUCCAAUCCUGUGCUUUUCAUUUUUAACUACAUUUAAUAGACUAAUAAUUAAGGCUUCGAAGGGGGAGCAAAACAACUGAACAGCUUAAAUUGGUGAAAAGGCAUUAAAAACAUUUCCUAGCACAAGAUAAUUAGUAAAAAUUAGUAAAACAAUACCAUCAAUUUUCAUGGUAAACUUAAGAAUGGACUGUUCAACACAAGUUUUUUGUUUUGUUUUGUUUUUUGUUUUUUUAGCUUUUAAAAAAAGUCACUGUACAAACUUCAGAUGUACCCAGGGAGAAGAAAAUUAAGAACAUUGCUUUGUGGGGUGCCUGAGUGGCGCAGUAGGUUGAGUGUCUGACUCUUGGUUUCAGCUCAGGUCCUGAUCUCAGGAUCCUGGGAUAGAGCCCUGCCUUGGGCUCUGUGCUCAGUGCUUAAGUUUCUCUCUCCCUCUCCUUCUGCCCAUCCCCCCCACUCUCUUUCUCUCUCUCUAAAAUAAAUAAAUCUUAAAAAAAAAAAAAGAAUGUUGCUUUGUGAUUGUAAACCAUCAUAUUAAAGGUUAUUUUGGUGAGACUUUUCUGUACAGAAAAUGUCAUACAUACUGGUGCCUUUCUGGUUGUAUCUAUGGUUAAGGGGAAAAAAUAAAAUGUUACAUGUGUAAGAUAUUUUCAGCACAGGGGAAAAAUAACUAAGAAUACUGUGUCUUUAAGGGAAUAUUUAGGAAUGGUGUGAAUACCAUCUUACCUAUAAAUGGCCUAAUUUAAGGGACUAGUCAGAAAGUAUCAAUAAAUGACUGAAUAUAGAUGAUACAUGUGUUCCCAGCACCUACAGUAAUACCCAGAGUUUAGUUAGCAUUCCAUGAUUAGUUGUUGAAUUAUCCCUCCAUUUGUUUGCUUUUCAAUUCUCUUCUCAGAAUUUCACAAGAGAAAUGAAUUACAGAAUAAGCCAUUUUUAUUAAAUUUCAUCCCAUGAAGAAAUAAUUGAGAACUGAUUAGUUACAUAGAUUGCUGCUUCUAACAUAGUGUUACUGGUGACAUAGACUAGUGCUUAUACCAUUAAGGUGUUAUCAAUACUUUAUACUUCUCAUGCUUUCCUUUUCAUUAUUGUUCAAGAAUUGAUUGAUGAGUUUAUCUUAGACAAAGCUUCUAAGAAUUGGCAAACUCAAAUGAAAGUCUAUUUGUAUAGAAACAUUUUUUAAAUAAAUUAAUGGGAUGUUGCUUCAAGACCAAGACUAUUCCACAAGGUCCUGCUCCUACAUUAAAUCAAAUGAUUGCAAUAACCCCUGAAAGACUAAUACUAAUGCAUGUGAAAUUAAUUGUUUCUUACAUGUUUUAGGGCAUUACUUCCCAUAAGUAUGACCUAGCAAAUGGUUUCUUGGAGCCUCAAGAAAGUUAAUGUAUCUCACUUGGCUCCAAAGGAUCAUGGUAAGUAGUUAGAUAAUCUAGCUACCACUGGAAAUCUGAGAAAGACCUAAAUCAAUGUACAAAUACUGAGGAUAUAAUUACUAUGAAACUUAAAAAAAAAAAAAAAAACUCCAAGUACUUUCACCCUCAAAAGUCAAAGUCAAUUUUAAAAGAUUUCCCGUUUGGCAACCAAAAAUGAUUAAUGUUUGCAUUAAAUUUCUCAACAAAAGUUUGGAGCCUUUGUAUUUUAUUUAAUUAAGAAAAUAUUAAGUUCUUUAAAAAGACAUGCAAGAGAAGAGAUGAAUGAGGAUAUAUGUCAUGACUGUCUCAGUUAUCAGAGUAAAUUAGUUUCUUUGUUUUAGAACUAGUAAGGGAAAUACCAGAUGUUGGCAUCUUUUGCAUAAACAGUAAGCCUUCUGUAAUGUAGAAUAAAUAAUUUUACAAGUUUGGAGAUUGGUUUAAAACUUCCAAAAGGGUAAAUUGUACUUUUGGGAAAUCAAUGACUUUUUAAAUCAAUAUUUAGGAACAUUUAAAAAGUAAUUUUAAGCAAAUUUACACAGGAU